AGGUCUUCUUGCUUUGGCCUUGGGAGAGGCCUCAGCGAACCCGCCUCCUUGGGCUGUAGAGACAGACCGAUUCAAUCGAGUGCGGUCUCACUGAGGAUCCUAUCUGAAAGCGUUCCGGAUGGAUCUCGAAACUGAGGGCGGAACAGACUGGUGGUGUAACAUCAGACCUCGCCUUCUCGGCUACAGGGCUUGAGAACUGAAGCUGGAGAACGCAAUGGUGCAGCAGAGACUGGCUCUUUUUUCGUCUUGGGCCAGUGGCCGCCUCUGAGUGAAGUGGUGAUGGGAGGAGCAGGCAAAGCCAAACGCAGAAGGGGCGGAGCCAAGACUCCAAGGUUCUGGGCCUACUCUUUGCCCUCUGGUCACGUUUAGCGACUUGGAAAAAUGGGGAGAAACUAUCCAGGCUUACUGUCUGGCACAUAGUAGGUGCCCAGUAAUUGCUGAAUGAAUUAAAUGGGCGAAGCUAGAAUUUUUUUUCCUUCAUCAAGCAAACUUGCCCAAACCUCUCGUUCCUGGUUAGUUAUGAAGUACAGAGCUGUCCAGCCCCUUCCACGCCCGGACGAUUUGGAAUGGAUUUGCACCUCGAAGGGAGAGACAGAGGGGGCGCUAAGAAGGAUUAUCUCUCCACUUGGGUCCCUAUCUUUUCCCCAGGAGGUCUAGAGUCCUGAGAAGAAUGAGUGCUCAGCUCAGCCCACCAGGAGUACCGCUUCUCGGCUGACGUGGGGAUUUAGUUGUGGGGUUUGGGGCUGGGCCCGCCCUGGGGCAGUGAUGUCCCAGAACUCUAGGCUCAGACUUUGGGCGGCCCUCUCACCGCGUCCGCAGUUCCUGGUUCCAGGGUCCGCUCCGGGGAAUCCCCGGAGCAGUGCUUUCCCCAUCAUCCAUUGGUGGGGAGGGUGUGAAGGACGCUGAGGGCUACUCCUGUCGCCGAGAGCUGCCCCCUAGCAGGGCUGCGCUCUCCCUUCGUGCAGCCGCUUCAUCUCCCUCUACAUAACGAAAACUGCUUCCCAUCCAUUAUUUCAUCAGGGCUUCGGGCACUUCUGCAAGGCCUGUCUGAAGAGCAUGCUGCCCCCUCACUCCCCGCCUGGCCUCGCCAUCCCUGCCCCCCCAGCCUGACCCCCGGCCCCAGCAUGGCCCAGGGUGCCAUGCGCUUCUGCUCGGAGGGUGACUGUGCCAUCUCCCCACCACGAUGCCCACGCCGCUGGCUCCCCGAAGGCCCGGUGCCACAAAGCCCCCCAGCCAGCAUGUAUGGCAGCACAGGCUCCCUGCUACGGCGGGUGGCAGGUCCAGGUCCCCGAGGCCGGGAACUGGGACGUGUGACAGCACCCUGUACACCCCUGCGUGGGCCCCCCUCACCCCGUGUUGCUCCCUCACCCUGGGCACCCUCUUCACCCACUGGGCAGCCCCCACCAGGGGCUCGGAGCUCUGUGGUCAUAUUCCGCUUUGUGGAGAAGGCCAGCGUGAGGCCACUGAAUGGGCUACCUGCUCCCGGAGGCUUGAGUCGGAGCUGGGACCUGGGUGGGGUCUCUCCUCCCCGGCCCACCCCAGCCCUGGGGCCUGGCUCCAACCGGAAGUUGCGACUAGAGGCAUCCACAUCAGACCCACUCCCAGCCGGAGGAGGCUCAGCUGGGCCUGGCAGCCGGGGCCUUAUACAUGGGCCACCAACCCAACCUCAGGUUGGGGCAGAUGGCCUUUACUCCUCUCUCCCCAAUGGGCUGGGGGGACCCUCUGAGCACCUGGCCAAGCUAUUCCCAGGACCUGCUGACACUGGACUCCUGAACCAGGGAGACACCUGGUCCUCCCCCCGGGAAGUCUCCUCUCAUGCCCAGAGAAUUGCUCGAGCCAAAUGGGAAUUCUUCUAUGGCUCCCUGGACCCCCCAAGCUCAGGUGCUAAGCCCCCAGAGCAGGCCCCCCCAUCUCCACCUGGGGUGGGCUCAGGGCAGGGCUCUGGGGUGGCUGUGGGGCGAGCAGCCAAGUACUCCGAGACGGACCUGGACAUGGUGCCCCUGAGGUGCUACCGCGAGACGGACAUCGAUGAGGUGCUGGCUGAGCGGGAGGAUGCUGACUCGGCCAUCGAGAGUCAGCCCAGCUCUGAGGGCCCGCCUGGCACUGCCCGCUCACCUGCCCCACAUCGCGGUCCAUGCUUUGGCCCUUGUCCCAGCCUGGGCAGUGGAAAUGAGGACGAGAACGAGGCAGGUGGGGAAGAGGAAGUGGACGACGAGGUGUUUGAGGCCUCAGAGGGGGCCCGGCCAGGCACCCGGAUGCCUCACCCUGGGCCUCUCAAGUCGCCUGUGCCCUUUCUACCUGGGACCAGCCCCUCAGCUGAUGGGCCUGACUCUUUCAGUUGUGUGUUUGAAGCCAUCUUGGAGUCACACCGAGCCAAGGGCACCUCCUACACCAGCCUUGCCUCGCUGGAGGCCCUGGCCUCACCUGGCCCAACCCAGAGCCCCUUCUUCACCUUUGAGCUGCCUCCCCAACCCCCUGCCCCCCGGCCUGACCCUCCUGCUCCCGCCCCACUUGCACCUCUUGAGCCAGAUUCUGGUACCAGCUCCGCUGCUGAUGGGCCUUGGACACAGAGACGGGAGGAAGAGGAGGCAGAAGCUGGAGCCAAGCAGGCCCCAGGGAGGGAGCCCCCUAGUCCCUGCCGCUCAGAGGACAGCUUUGGGCUGGGGGCAGCACCCCUGGGCAGCGAACCACCGUUGAGCCAGCUGGUGUCCGACUCGGACUCAGAGCUGGACAGCACAGAGCGGCUGGCCCUGGGAAGCACAGACACCUUGUCCAAUGGGCAGAAAGCAGACCUGGAGGCCGCGCAGCGCCUAGCUAAGAGGCUAUACCGACUAGACGGCUUCAGGAAGGCCGAUGUGGCCCGGCACCUGGGCAAGAACAAUGACUUCAGCAAACUUGUGGCUGGCGAGUACCUCAAGUUCUUUGUCUUCACGGGCAUGACUCUGGACCAAGCUCUCAGGGUGUUUCUGAAGGAGCUGGCCUUAAUGGGUGAGACCCAAGAACGGGAGCGUGUGCUGGCCCACUUCUCCCAGAGAUACUUCCAGUGCAAUCCUGGAGCCCUGUCCUCAGAGGACGGUGCGCACACGUUGACCUGCGCCCUCAUGCUACUAAACACCGAUCUCCACGGCCAUAACAUUGGGAAGCGCAUGACCUGCGGAGACUUCAUCGGAAACCUGGAGGGCCUCAAUGAAGGCGGAGACUUCCCCAGGGAGCUGCUCAAGGACAAAGUGAACUAA